CCUGUGCUCCAAGAAGUAAGUUCAGAGGCCAUGAGACUGCCUCUGCCACUGUUGGUACUGUUCGGGUACAGGGCUAUCCUGGGAUGCGUCGCAGAUAGGGUUUCCCUCUCGGCUUCGGCUCCCACCCUGGAUGAUGAAGAGAAGUACUCGUCUCAUAUGCCAGCUCACCUGCGCUGCGAUGCCUGCCGGGCUGUGGCCUUCCAGAUGGGGCAACGUCUGGCGAAAGCAGAGGCUAAAUCUCGCACUCCAGAUGACAGUGGAUUGCAGGAGCUGAGUGAAUCCACGUAUACAGAUGUCCUAGACCAGACCUGCUCUCAGAACUGGCAGUCCUAUGGAGUCCAUGAAGUGAACCAGAUGAAGCGUCUCAUGGGCCCAGGACUUAGCAAGGGGCCAGAGCCAAGAAUCAGCGUGAUGAUUACUGGGGGUCCCUGGCCCAAUAGGCUCUCCAAGACCUGUUUCCACUACCUGGGUGAGUUUGGAGAGGACCAGAUCUAUGAAGCCCACCGCCAAGGCCCUGCGAAUCUGGAGGCACUGCUCUGUGGGGGCACUCAUGGGCCCUGCUCACAGGAGAUCCUGGCUCAGAGAGAAGAGCUUUAGUCCAAGCUGCGGCACUUCUGGAUCUUCUCUAGUUUUAUUAUUAUUAUUAUUAUUAUUAUUAAUGGCUGAUUAGAGACAGGCUCUCAUCAUGUAGCCCAGGCUGGCCUUGAGCUUGUGCUGCUCAGCCUCGAAAAUGCUGCAAUUAAGUCCUGAGCCUUUUUGUGCUUGCCCCUCCUCUAUCAUUUUUUCAGCAGUGGUGGUGGGAGGGGACAGGGAAGCCUGACUCUAGCUGUCCAUCUUCUCCCUCCACCCCUCGCUGGGGUGCUGGGGCUGAGGCUGCCUUUCCACUUUCAAAUAAAGCUUUGAAAGACUUUGA